AAUGCUUCCGGCAGCAAGUCUGGAGGGAAAAAAAGGAGGCCUUUCCACUCGCCCCUGCAGAGGUGGUAAGAUUCACUCUGACUGGGCCAGCUUCCAUCUUGUGCCCACAUGUGGGUGCAGGGCUCUGAUUGGUCGGGCCUGGAGUGGAGCCCUGUCCAGGCCUGGGUGCAGAGGCCUGGGGAGGGGUGGAUGGCCGGUCACACAUCCGGGCCGCUGGCAAAAGGGAGGAAGGGUGGGUGCAGACAAGCACCUGUCCAUCCCGGUGUCAUGGCAGAAGCCCAGAGGAGCAGGGGGCAUUGGCGAACUUAGCUGUGGAGACAGGCGGUUAUUGUUGCCAGGAAGAUAAUAUGCUGGAAAUGGAAGGAAGGAGCCUCUGAAACUAGCUACUUAAUGAAUUCCCUUUCUUAGUUUAAGAACCUGUGAUAGAUUUAGUAUUCUGGUUCUCUCUCUUUUUUUUUUUUUUUUUGAAGGGGAGGGAGUUGUCUCUCUUCUUUCCAUGUUACUUUGAAACUAAGGGCAGUCGCUUAAUCUUGGUCUUUCAGCUCCUUCGUUUGGAACAUAGUGAGCUUCCCUCUCGGAGAGGGGAGAUCUGUACAGAGGAGAUAACAGUUUCCAUUCAGUCCAGUUCGACAAGCAGGGCACGAAGCCCCGGGGCCUGGGCUAGGCUGCACAGGCUUGGCAGCGGAUGAAUCCUCAGCCGUGUGGACAGCACUGUAACAGCUCUAGAGCAGGGCACUGCAGCCCCUCAGGCCGGGACAGUCAGGAAGGGCUUCCCAGAGGAAGGGACACCGAGCUGGACCUAGAAGGAUGGACACGAGUUCCUCGCAUGGACGAGGUGGGGAGGGGAGCUUGACGCGAAAGUGACGGCAGGGACCGAGGGUCUGGAAGAUGGCCCCGCUCCCAGGGGCAGAGCUGGUCCAGAGGCCACUGCAGCUCUACCGAUACCUGCUGCGCUGUUGCCGACAGCUGCCCACCAAGGGCAUCCAGGAGCAUUACAGACAUGCGGUCAGGCAGAGUUUCCGGGUUCAUUCAGAUGAAGACAGUCCUGAGAGAAUCCAGCAGAUUAUUAAGAGAGCCAUUGAAGAUGCUGACUGGAUCAUGAACAAAUAUAAAAAACAAAACUGAGACUCUGGGGCCUGAAGAACGAAGCUGUCCUAAAGACACUGAAGUUGAGAGACCGUCUCCUGGAACUAAUCAGCGGCGGCAGUUCUGAAACAUCCAUUGGCCAUGCUGGCUGAGAGCAGGGAAUGCGGGGCGGCAGAAGCUGACGUUUGCUUAGAUGGCUCCUUCUGCCACGUCCUGUGUCCCCAGCAUCCUCGAUGUUUGCUUUUCCGGCCGGUUACAAUGUGAGAUUUGGGGAGAAUAUGCUUCGUCGCUUUGCUUUGAACGUGGUUCAUUUUUUCUGGAUGUUGUCCUUCGAGACUCAGAGGGGGCGUCCCCUCCGAUGGCAGACGUGCAGAGGACAGGGCGUGGGUUUUAGAAUCAGUCGAGUCUGCGUUCGAAUCUCAGUUCUGCGGCUUGUCAAGGGCGUUGCCCUUGAGCUCAGACUCCUCCUCUGUCAGGAUGAAAUACGAUGAGACUGCAGGACCUGGUGCACGGUGGCGCCUAAAUGUCCCCCUGAGGAGGCCAUCCCGCGCCGCCCCUUCCUCCGCUCCCACGGUGCUCACACAUCUCUCUGGCACACUCUCGACGGGCCUUAGUUGUUUGCGGGCUUAUCCUGCCCUGCUUGUUGUCCCUGAACCCUCAUGGGCCCACCGGGCCUAGCCGUCCGCCAAGCGGCUACUCCUCCUGGCCCUGUCCUUCCUUGAAGUCCUGGUCCUUGUCCUCACGGAGUUUCUAGUGUCCCUGAAGUGGGCGACACGCAGGCUGCACGGAACAAGGAAGAAUGGCAAGGCAGCGACGGGAGACACCGAAUCGUGCAGGCUCCUGUGAACCUGUGACCUGCCCCAACGGCCCUGCUUUGCCACCGUCUCGGAAGGAAGAAGGGAGGCAGGGAGGACGGGAGGGAGGUGGGGAGCAAGCAUUCCUGUGGGUUAUGGCGAGCCUGAAAUCCAUGGAGAGACAGGCUGUUCCCAGUUGGAACACAUGCGACGCAUCCCAGUUCCAUAGACGUUGCUCUUGGGAAACAUACUUGGCCUAGUUCAGCCUCGGUUUCCCCAUCUCCAGUGGAGGAACGCCCACGCCUACCUGCCAGGGCUGCAGUAUGGAGUCCUGAGCUCUGACAUGAGCCAGGUGCUUCACACGGAAGCUGGCUCGGGGAGCUGGCUGCCCGCCGUGGCUCGUUACCAGUUAGGGAGCCUUGCUUCGCAGAUGGGGAGAUGGAAGCACGGACAGGUUGAGCCCCCUUUCCAGGUGUGUCUGAAUCUACGAAACACCACAGGUUUGGGAGGGAGAGGGGAGCAGCAGAGGGAGGGAAGGCGGCCAGGAAGGACUGAGAGGCCAGGCCAGAGCAGAGAAGCCACGUUGGGACCUGAGUAUCGCCCAAGGACUCUCAGCAGAGGGACGAGCUAGCAUGUUUGUGACCCUGCUUCGUCUUACGUCUUAAAGUGACUCGGAUACAUCAGUAUGCGCUUGACUGAGCAGCAAAUAAGGAAGUAAAUAUAUCCGUUUUUGAAAGCUC